AUGUGGCUGCUCUUUGCCCUCGUCUGCCUGAAGGUGACAGUGACCUUCAGAGACAUGGCUGUGUACUUCUGCAAGGGAAAAUGGGGGUGUCUCAGUCCUAGCCAGGGGACCUUCCACCACGAUGUGAUGCUGGAGAACGUCAGGAACUUAAAUGUGCUGGGAUGCUGUGGCCGGAGACCGGGCCUUAUUUCUCGCCUGGAACAGUGGGAUGAGCUGUGGGUUGAAGACUGGGAUAAAUCAGAGUUUCUGGAAGGACAAAAAAGUGUCUGCCUAGGAGGCAGAAAGUCUAUAGAUCACAAGGUGGCUUCAGCUCCUGAGAGGACCCAUUCACAGACAGGAGCCAGGAGAGGGGCUACCUUGAGGAAGAAUGCCCUGAUAUCCAGUAAUGUGUGCCUCCCCAGAGCUACCUCUGGGAGGAGAAUGGACAACCAUGAUGAAGCUUUCCAGAACCAGAUGUGUGGGAAAUCCCACAGGAAGCAGCCAGGCAUCAAGGAGCAGGGCAAGAGUGGCACAGAGGGACAACCAUUUAUCUGUAGCAUUUGUGGGAAGGCCCUGAGCUGUCAUAGCCGGCCACCUGCUCACCAGACAGUACACCCAGGAACCAGGUCCUUUGAGUGCUUCGAGUGUGGCCAGGAGUUCCACUGGGUUUCAAACCUUCUGCGCCACCAGAGAGAACACUUUCACCAGAGUGAAAGGCCCUUCUGCUGUGAGGUAUGGGGACAGGCCUUCAGCUUAAAGGACCACCAGGCACAGCAUCGCAAUAUCCAUCCUGAACACUGGCCCUAUGUGCGCAGUGACUGUGGGAAGAAGGCCUUCAAACAGAAAUCAAACCUCCUGGGGCACAAACGCGUUCACACUGGAGAGAAGCCUUUCUCUGUUGACAACGGUGGCAAGGAUUUUACAAAAGAGAACCUCAAGCACCCCCAGUGGAUUCACAGCGGAGAGAAACCCUACACCCGUGGUGAGCGCGGAAAGGUCUUCAGGUGGCCCAAGGGCUUCCACGUCCACCAGAGACUGCACUGGACAAAGAUGUGUGAGAAGGGCUUCUGCCACCUGGGCUUUUCCAGAAGACAUCAGAGAGCUCACGGGUAAGGAGAAGUAUAG